AUGGUUCUCCUCAAGAGCUUCGUGCUCGCCGGUCUUGCUGCCGCCGUGGCAGCCAAGUCUGCCGUCCUCGACCUCGUCCCGGGUAACUUUGACGACAUUGUCCUAAAGUCGGGCAAGCCCACCCUCGUCGAGUUCUUCGCACCAUGGUGUGGACACUGCAAGAGCCUCGCACCCGUCUACGAGCAGCUAGCCUCAGGAUUUGCUACGAACAAGAAUGUCCAAAUCGCCAAAGUCGACGCCGAUGCUGAGAAGUCACUGGGUAAGCGAUUCGGUGUACAAGGAUUCCCUACCCUCAAGUGGUUCGACGGCAAGAGCGACACGCCGCAAGACUACCAAGGCGGCCGGGAUCUGGAGAGUUUGACAAAGUUCGUCACGGAUAAGUCUGGCGCGAAGGCCAAGAGAAAGCUGGAGAUGCCCAGCCAGGUGGAAAUGUUGACCGACAAGACGUUCAAGGAGACCGUUGGCGGUGACAAGGAUGUCCUUGUUGCCUUCACUGCUCCGUGGUGCGGUCACUGCAAGAGCUUGGCUCCUACCUGGGAGACACUGGCUGAGGACUUCAUCAACGAGCCUGGUGUUGUGAUUGCCAAGGUCGAUGCCGAGGCUGAAAACAGCAAAGCAACUGCCAGCUCAGAGGGUGUCUCAUCGUACCCUACCCUCAAGUUCUUCCCCAAGGGCUCGGCUGAAGGCAUACUGUACGAUGGCGGCCGUAGCGAGCAGGACCUUAUCACAUUCAUCAACGAGAAGACUGGUACUCACCGUGUCGCCGGUGGCGGCCUCGAUGCGUAUGCCGGCACCAUCGACAUCCUCAACCACAUUGCCCAGAAGUACACGGCCGGCACCGACAAGAUCACCGAGCUUGCUGCCGAAGCCAAGAAGGCAGCUGAAGGACUGGCCGGAGACGCACAAUACAAGUACGCCGAGUACUACAUCAAGGUCUUUGACAAGCUCUCGCAGAAUGAGGGCUACGUCGCCAAGGAAUCGGCUCGAUUGGAUAACAUCAUUAGAAAGGGCGGCCUUGCCCCGGCCAAGUUGGACGAGCUCCAGACCAAGUCCAACAUCCUCAAGCAGUACCUCCAGCAGGUCGCCGACAAGAUCACCGGUAAGGACGAGCUAUAG